AUUUUUGCCACUGAUCAGAAAGUGUCGGUUUCUCUAAAAAUUGCCACGCUUAUCAUGUGCUUUCUAGAGCCACGCUCUAUCAUAAAAAUCAAUUUACAACCUUUCAUUGCCCACCACAUUCACUCUAUUUCUUCUUUUCUCCCCCUAUGAUUGCCACUAUUUCUAACUCAUUAUUCUUACUCUCACUUUUCACAUUAUGUUCUUUAAAUCCAUUGCAAAAUGCUACAGAAAUUGUAGAGAAACCAAAGAAAAGAUUAUAUAAUCCGCUUGUAUGUUAUGUAGAAACUGAAGGUCAAUUGUACGGAGUCGACUACCACGAGAGCCAGCGCCACGAGCCAUGUGAACCAGACGUCAAGUACUGUCAAAAAAUUACUGCACAUUUUAUUGCUGCUGGAGGAGAAAUUACAAAAAUAACAAUGAAAGGUUGUGACACAGUAUCGUUACUUCCUCAUUUUGCUGGAUUGGAAUGCAAGGGAAGUGGAUGUGCUGAAAGAUCAGAAGGGGAUGAGAUAUACAAUGUUUGCUGCUGUAAUACCGAAACCUGCAAUUCCAAUUUCAAACUUUCGAUAUUUUUACCUUUCAUUUUUCUUAUCAGUCGUUUCAUUUUUUACUGACUCUUAAAUACGCGUUCAUGUACCCCGUUUGCUAUUUACGAUCGUAACUUGGACGUCAUCAAAUGAUAUUUAUUGCUAGUUUGCGAUUAAAAAUUCGAAUUUCCAAUGCUUCCGAUUUUAUUUUCUGAUGGGAAAACUGAUAUGAGAAACUGUUCAUAAACUGAAAAUUUG